CAUGAUGCAAAUUACGGCCUCUCAACAACCCCAAUAGACUAUAAUCGUUGGGAACUCUUCUUUUUCUCUUGCUUCUCUCUGAUUAUCUUUCACCAGGAGUCUCAAUUAUUAUUAUUUCUUUGUAUUGAUGCGAUCAGAAGUUUUAUCUCUUUUUUUAAAUAAUGAUCUCUUUAUGGAUUUUUCAUUUAGGUAUGAACAUGGUUUGUUUCACGGGGUGUUUCGGUGUCUUGCCUUGAAUCAAGGCGUGUAAAAACGUUAUGUGUGAUCCUUAUACACCAGCUGGUGUUCCAAUUCCAACCAACAAGAGGCACAACGCUGCUAAAAUUUUCAGACACCAAUCGUUGCCUCCGAGGAGCCUUGCAACCACGAUGCAUGAAGAAGAUUCAGUUCGAAAGAUUCAUAUAAAUUGGACUAUUGCUACAAAAAAAAACAGAAUCACAGGUUUAAUUCUAUCAAAGGAGAUAAAGCCUCUUAUCUCUACUGUCUUUGAGGGUAAAGAUGCUAAUGUCAUCGCCCACGGAGCAAGAAAUUGCGGAAAAACAUAUCUCCUACAUGGAAAUGAUUAUGCUCUGACGCUCAAAGGAAGCAGACACCUUUGACUGUGUCUGCUACUUCUAGAAAACAGACAGUGCUAAGGGGAAAUGUGACAGAGAGAAAAGACUAAAAUCAAAGCAAGGUAAAUCUUUCAGAAACAACUUUGUAUCAACUCUAAGCCUCAAUAUCCAUGAUAUACCUGCAUCUGCUCUGUUGUUCAGUUUUAGAACAUCAAAUAAUGAUGAUUUUUUUUCUCAA